GAAGAAGAAACCAAAACGAAGGAGAAUGACAGCAGCUCUAUGACCAUGGGUCAGCGCAGAGGCAGUGUUCUGUCCCUCGGUGUCUCUGCAGUAAUGGUGUGCCUCGCUGCUUUGCUCCUCAGCAGCGUGUUGAUUUACCUCUGUCUGGACAGUGUGUAUCAGACGGAUGAGCAGCUGGUGUAUACACAUGUAGGCUGCCUUCCACAACACUUUAAAAUGGCAAACAUGAAAAACUGUACCCCGUGGCUCCAGUGUCCACAGAUUAAUGCAGAGGUACGAACGCUACAGCUGAUCGGCCAGGGAGCUGUUAAGAAGGUUUUUCUGUCAGAGUGGAAGGGUCAGAAGGUGGCUCUGUCCAAGCUGACCUCUCUGGAUUACCUGGAAGACUUUCUCCAUGGGUUGUCGAUGCUGCAGGCUUUACAGGGGUCACUAGUGGUCCAGUUGGUGGGGUUCUGCCUUGAGGACCACGUCAUCGUUACCCAGCACCACCCGCAUGGCUCACUGCUCAACCUGGAAAAUGUCCUUGCACAACGGCAGCAGUACAACACGUGGCAGAUACGGCUGAGACUAGCUAUAGAAUACGUCACCAUUCUCCAUUAUCUUCACAACAGCCCAGCCGGGCGACGAGUAAUGUGCGACUCCAACAGCUUGGAGAAAACUCUUUCCCAGUUUCUGCUGACUAACGACUUUCACUUGGUGGUGAAUGAUCUGGACGCGCUGCCUGAAGUGGAUCUGUCCAGGAACCUGUUGGUAAAAUGUGGCCAUCGGGAGCUCACUGGAGAUUUUGUUGCCCCAGAGCAGCUUUGGCCUUUCAGAAGUAGUGGGCAGCCAUUUUCAGACAGUGUCAUGCCCGCAUAUGAUGAAAAGACAGAUAUCUGGAAGAUUCCAAGCGUGACACAGUUCAUAUUGGGAAAGACACCUGAAACAGAACUGGUUCGCUUCCAUCUUUUUCAGAUCCAUAAGGAAUGCAAGGAGGAAGACCCCAAGCUCCGACCUUCAGCUCUGGAUGUUCUGAAAGUGUACAAGUCGGUCUACAGUGCCAUGGUACAACACAAUUCUGCUGUCAGGGACAUGUUGUAGGAUAACGCUGUUUACAAAGACGCAACUUUUUUUUUUUUU